AUGGAUAAAUCACUCAUCAAGGCCAAGUUCGACGACCUUGUCCAAGAAGGGCUUGUCUUCUAUGACCAAGAACAAAAACUCAUCGAAUAUGUUGAUGGAGGGUUGAAGUUUCAGUUUCUUCUCACUUCCGCGCUGGCGAAAAAACCAACUUUUCUAACAACUGGUACGCAGACGCAACAGGAUAGCGAGCUGUCCCUUCAGAAGCGCGAUGGAAGUGACAUCAGCACCGCAGGUUACGAGAUCGGCAACGUUGGCAGCACUCAUUUCCUGGUCGCCAAUAAAUUCUGUUUCGCCAACCCUCAUCUGAUGCUUCUGACUUCAGACGGUCAUCAAAGGCAAUACGAAGCUCUGAACAAAGACGAUCUGGCCGCAGUAUGGAAUGUUUUGACCACCAUGGGUGAAGCUUAUGUCGCGUUCUUCAACUGUGGACGAGAUGGAGGGUGUAGCCGAUUGCACAAGCACAUGCAGCUGAUUCCAAAGCCAAAGGAUAGCUUUGCAUCCUUUCUUGAUGGACAUGUCGUGAAAGAACCCAACGUUCCGUUACGAUGGUUCUAUCAUCGCUUUGGACACUCAAAGCCCGACGUGAACGACUUGGUCAAUGUUUACAGCAACCUUUUGAAGCAAGCCACGGAAGUUGGCGAAGGACAAUCGGAGCAUGCUGAUAGCUCACCUCCUGGUGCUGCAGUCCCGCACAAUUUCUUGCUUACGCAGGAGUGGAUGAUAGUACUCCCCAGACGACGGGCAGCGGUUAACAAGGAAGCUGGGGCGAAUGCUGUUGGAAUGAUGGGCGUCAUCGCUGUUGCAACACAAAACGAGAUUGACAAUUGGAUCAGACUUGGACCAGCUACAACUCUUGCAGAGCUUGGAGUGCCAAAAUAG